UCCUUUCCUUUUUGAACGUUUGUGAGGUAACAAAUCCACAUAUAGAAAUUAUUUUUAUCCCUCAAACUUUCAAAUUCAGAUUUGUUUAUAUGAUUUGUGAUGAUUAGAGAUAAGAGUGGGUAUUUGGGGUGUAUAAGUGAUUGAUUUAGGGGCUGUGAUAUAGUUCAGUGGUCAAUAAUGUGCUUAGCAUGUGCAAGAUCCUUGGCCACAGCCCUAGGAUGGCGGGGGAGCUGACUUUGCUCAUAUUCAUUUCUUCUUUUCUCCUCCUCCUCCUUCUCCUUUCUUCUUCUUUUUCUUUGUCUUCUUCCAUCUAGGAGCUUGAGUUCCUUUUUUCUUUCCUUAAAUUCAUUUUGCACUACAUCUAAGCAUAUUCAAUUGCUGUAAUCAGAAAGAAAAGAACCUCGCUAUUGAAGCCUCAAUAUUUAUCCAAUAAUAUGCAUGUUAUCUGAAGCAAAAGCAAAUGAGGAAAAGAGACUUAUCAAGAUUUGAUCACAAGAAUCACUUCCAUAAUCAAACUCCACAUUCCUAUGUCAUGUCUGGAGAUUUGAUUCAGUUACUUGCACAUUAGUAUUUCCUUUCAAGUUUGUGUUUUUCACUUAGGAAUUUGAUUAAUGUAAUUCAUUGUAAAUUUGGUGAUUGGACACAAUUCUUCAACUGUUGGGAAAGGAGUUCUUCUUAAGAGGUGCCUAAAUUUGUCUUGAAGGCAAGAAAAAUAUUUGAGUGUUUUGAGUAGUAUUUAUGCUUAUGGAAUUCCAAACUCAAAAGGGAAAAAAAAUUGAAGGCACUACACUUGAACUAGAAUUAGAUUAUUCAAAAUGCUGCAAGGCAUUUGAUUGGUAAGGAGAGUUUGCUUUGUGUUUUUAAGCACAGUCUAAACUAGUUGGGAGCUGUGAACUGAGCUCUUGAAGAAGAAAAAGAAAAGGUUGGCUCUGAAAGUUGCAUGUCACUGGAAGUUCAGUUAGGAUGCAACAUAUAGUUAAUUUAAAUAAGAUAAAGAGAAAAUGCGCUCACAUCUCAUGCCAUCAAAUUCUUAAGGGUAAAUGCACAUUUAACAAUCCUUGUGAUGCAUCUAUAUUAUAACUAGAAAUAAUUUAGGGCAUUGGCCAUUUUUAUUUCAAAUGUGCCCUAAAUGGUUUUGAAUGCCCCUUCUCUGGCAAUUAUGCAUGUGUCUGAUUGAAGAUGAUACGUGGUGUCAUUUCUCCACUUUCAAGUUUUCCCAUACCACUUGGUGGGGCUAUUUUUCCACGUGGUUUUGAGGAAAGACUUGACUGGUUCUUCUACUUAGUGUUUCCUCUGAUAGGAAAAGACAAGCCUUUUAAUCUGACAUUACUGGGUUAAUAACUAUGCUACAGAUCCCAUCUCUGGGGGGCUUUGUUCAAUAGCAACACUGGAAAACAGACAAAUUCUAAACUCAUAAACUCCUUUGUUAGUUGUAUCCCAACAUAGCUGUCUUCCUAAUCCCAUUGAGUCUGCAAAGGCUUCUGGUUGCAAUUCUAUAAGUGGACUCUGGGCGCCGCUGUUGUCCAAUACGCUGUAAGCGCUGACUUCCAGGCUCUACCAGUUGAAAUUGUGAACGAUCACCGAAGGCUUAAAGAGUGGGGGGACUUGAAUUUUCUGCUUAGCAAAUCAUAUUAGAGACUACGGUAUCCUCAAACUUGGAGUGAGCGUUUGGGUUUUCUUCGUGGUGGAAGUAGUUCGUGAAGCCUCUUCCCUUCACCCGGAAGGCUAUGAGAAGGAUGGAGCGCAGCGUGAACCUGGGGAACAGGACCCGGUGGAGGCAAGUACUCUUUCCGUUCUUGCUGCCUUUGUUCUGCACGGGGCUUUCGGAGCAAGUCCGGUAUUCUAUUCCGGAAGAAAUGGCCAUGGGCUCGGUUGUGGGAAACCUCGCUGAGGACCUGGGACUGCCUGUUCGGGAUUUACUGACUCGGAAUCUCAGAGUUAUCUCAGAGAAACCGUAUUUCACUGUGAACCCUGAGAACGGGAACAUAGUUGUGAGCGACAGGAUAGAUCGCGAGUUACUAUGCUUCCAAAGCCCUCUGUGUGUCCUGCCCUUAGAGAUUGUGGCAGAAAAUCCCCUAAACGUCUUUCACGUCAGCGUGGUGAUAGAAGAUAUAAAUGAUAAUCCGCCCCAUUUCCUCCAAAACAGUAUUGUUUUACAAAUCAAUGAACUUGCGAUUCCAGGCACUAGGUUUGGCCUGGAAUCUGCCAUAGAUGAAGAUGUAGGACCGCACUCUCUCCAGAGUUACCAGCUCAGUUUGAACGAGCAUUUCUCUCUGGCAGUGAAGGACAAGGCUGACGGCAAGGACGCCCCAGAAUUAGUGUUAGAGAGGCCUCUAGACAGGGAAAGGCAGAGCUACCAGCUCUUGAUCCUGACAGCAGUGGAUGGGGGAGAACCAGUACUAACCGGCACUACUCAGAUUAAAAUCGAGGUCACUGAUGCCAAUGAUAACCCCCCAGUGUUCAGCCAAAAUAUGUACAAAGUCAGUCUUAGAGAGAACGUGCCCUCAGGCACCUCUGUGCUAAAGGUGAUGGCCACUGACCAGGAUGAGGGUGUCAAUGCAGAGGUCACAUACUCCUUCAAAUCACUAGGAGACGAUAUUAGAAAUAACUUCAUCCUAGAUCAUCAAAGUGGAGAAAUUAAAUCUGAAGGCCCUAUAGACUUUGAAACCAAGAAGACUUAUACCAUGAGCGUAGAGGCCAAGGAUGGUGGAGGCAUGGCCACAGAAUGUAAAGUUGUAAUAGAAAUUCUCGAUGAAAACGACAAUGCCCCAGAAGUGGUUUUUACUUCGGUGUCCAAUUCUAUAGCCGAGGAUGCAGAACCUGGGACAGUAGUGGCUCUGUUCAAAACAUACGAUAAAGAUUCUGAAGAAAAUGGAAGAGUGACGUGCUUCAUAAAAGAAACGGUUCCUUUUAGAAUUGAAUCUUCUGCCAGUAAUUAUUAUAAGCUUGUAACAGAUGGAGUCCUGGACCGGGAGCAGACUCCAGAGUACAACGUCACCAUCAUCGCCACUGAUGAAGGCAAGCCACCCCUCUCCUCCAGCACAAGCGUCACCCUGCACGUUGGGGACAUCAACGACAAUGCUCCAGUUUUCCAUCAGGCCUCCUACUUGAUUCAAGUGGCUGAAAAUAACCCGCCUGGUGCUUCCAUUGCUCAAGUCAGCGCCUCGGACCCAGAUUUGGGGACCAAUGGCCAUGUUUCUUAUUCCAUCAUAGCCAGCGACCUGGAACCUAAAUCGCUGUGGUCCUACGUGUCCGUGAACCAGGACAGCGGAGUGGUGUUCGCUCAGCGCGCCUUCGACCACGAGCAGCUGCGCUCCUUCCAGCUGACUCUGCAGGCGCGCGACCAGGGCUCGCCCGCGCUCAGCGCCAACGUGAGCAUGCGCGUGCUGGUGGGCGACCGCAACGACAACGCGCCGCGCGUGCUGUACCCCGCGCUCGAGCCCGACGGUUCCGCGCUCUUCGACAUGGUGCCACGCGCUGCCGAACCCGGAUACCUGGUCACUAAGGUGGUGGCUGUGGACGCAGACUCGGGACACAACGCCUGGCUGUCGUACCACGUGCUGCAGGCCAGCGAUCCCGGGCUCUUCAGCCUGGGGCUGCGCACUGGCGAGGUGCGCACAGCGCGUGCCUUGGGCGACAGGGACGCAGCGCGGCAGCGCCUUCUGGUAGCUGUGCGGGAUGGUGGACAGCCACCGCUCUCGGCUACAGCCACGCUGCACCUGAUCUUUGCUGACAGCCUGCAGGAAGUCCUGCCAGACCUCAGCGAUGACCCUCUGCCCUCUGAUCCCCAGAGUGAGCUGCAGUUUUACUUGGUCUUGGCCUUGGCCUUGGUCUCAGUACUCUUCCUUUUCGUUGUGAUUCUAGCCAUCGUCCUUCGCCUGCGACAGUCCCACAGUCCUGCAGUCUCGGGCUGCUUUCAGUCUGGCGUCUGCUGUAAGACUAGACCAGGGGUUUCUCUCAACUACAGUGAGAGGACUCUGCCUUAUUCCUACGAUCUCUAUGUUGCCUCCAAUUGUCAAAACACGUCUCGUUUUCUUACCUUAAUGCCAGAAAUGGUCCCUCCGCAAGGUCUUUCUAUGGACGCUUCUGUGGAAGUGAGUGUCACUGAGGAGAAUAACAAGAUACUCUCUGAUUCUAUCGCUCUACUCACGUGAGUUUCAAUGAGCCUUUCAUUCGCAAAUUGUUUAAUUUUCAAAUUCUUGUGGAAUGAAUUUUUUUUUUGA